GGUAACGGUCACGAGUCGCGGACGACUACGGCGACGCUUUCACCCGCCGCCCGACGGGACAACCGUAUCGCGUGCGCGUGCCGGCACGGCGUAUUCCGGACAUCGCACCGGAACACCCAAUCGCCCGAGGACAAGGGAUUAUCGGUUAUUCCGUAACCGGUCGACGGUCGUUUGCCCAUCGAUGGUACUUCACGGCAGUGCGACCGCGCGCGUACAUGACCACCUAACCUAACCACGGUACGUAGUUGCACUGUCGCAACCGUUGCACAUGCACUCGAGUAGUCUUACGACGACCUCGCGGUAAAUACCACGACCUCCGCGCCGACCAACUUGGACGCGAAACGACGUUCUACUCGCGAACCCGUGCACCAUUGUCGUCGACGUCUUUUGCACGUUCAAUCGUUCCCGGUCGAACGACGAGACGUUUUUAUUCAUUUUUUUUUUUUUUUUAAUAUUUCCGUCACGUCGCUGUCGAACUCGGCAGCCGUGGACGCGACCGGCGACCACCGCGGUUCGCGGUUGGCGUUCCGUCAGGUGCGACGAUAAGACGACGAUGCCGGCAGACCAUCGGACAUUUAUCGCAAAACGUUUUGCCGCCACACGUCACAAUAUACACGAUGCACAGACGCACAGAUCGUGUUAUGUAUGCAAGAAAUCAACAAUAUAAAUACAAUAAGGAACCAGUGACGGGUGGCCAACCAAUUACUGUGGAACAAGCAAAAGCAUUAAGGUUGACUGUAUUUGGUGCAUGUGACACACCACCUAGAGGUGAAUGGCUGCGUACGGGUUUUGUGUUCAGAGAUCCCGAGAAAGAGCUUUCGUAUGGCUUACGUGCUCGCAGAAAUGGUACCCGGGGUAUGCUGUCGGCAAUACAAGGAUAUAUACUCAAACAUUUGUUAUUCACCAGCGUCAAUAAUGCAUGUAUGAAACCAUCGAAGCAACAGCAAUUAGAUGCUCUUUGUAAAUCACUAACCGAAAUCUUGUGGAAGGUUGGUGAAAACGAAAAAGUUAUAGUAUGUUUACCGCAAGAGAAGAGUUAUGUGCCGCACUCAUUAAACUACUUUCAGGAUAAUGUAACAGAAAAACUCCACUUAUUCGAGAUGACCAACAUAGAAGAUUUGGAAAUUUUUCUCAAGAGAUAUUUGCAUUUGUUUCAAGAUGAUCCCGGACCCGGAUCACUACUGUUGCUGUACAGUUCAGUGUUAACAAGAGGACUGUCCAAGAUCAUGUCGGACCUGAUGGACGAGAAGGUGUACCUGAUAUCGAGUGCUGAAGAGGGGUCCAUAUGCAUCGUGACGCUGAUGUUGACCGGCAGAGCCACGCCCAAUCUGCACAACGGGAUCGUGAACAUCGGGGACGAACAUCAUUACGCCAUACCGCAUUACGGGAUACUGGCCAGGAGUGAGGUGGGCCUACUUGUGCACUACGAAGAGGCGUCCGUACCUGUGCAGAUCACCCAGAUACCGGGUUCCCGGUUGAAGACGCCUUCGUAUCCGAUAUGGAUCACUUGCACCAAAGGUCAUUACGGCGUACUAUUCAACACAAACCGCGAGCUGCUCAGGAACCAUUUGGCCGAACGGAGGUUCCCGUUGACUUACUAUUCGUGUAGCGGUAGCGAAAACUACGCGACGGUGGACACGCGGUCGCAUCCCAACGAUCAGAAUGCACGGAUGAAAGUCACAGACGACAUUAACAGUUCAACCACGUCUCAAUUGUUGAUGGUCGAAUGUCUUAUACACACCAAGUGGGAAGGAGCUUCGGUACAAUGGACAGGCGUCAAAAACGCCGUGAAUUAACAUUAACUGUUUAUUAUUUUAUCGACGAGCACACAUAUAGUGGCAACCUAAAGUUCAUCGACCAAGUUCGUUGCGAAAGUUCCUCCGUACGACGAAGUUGACCGUAUUUAUUGUACUUUUCUAUAUAAAACAAUAUAUACAUACAUAUAUAAUAUUUAAAACGCCGAUAUUUAUUUAUAUAUCUUAUAUGUGUAUAG